AUGAUGAUGAGACGUUUAAGAGAGAAACUUCAGAAUUUUGAUGAAUUGAUUGUGACUUUAGAGAAUGCAAAGCCACCGCCACCUCCGAAGAAAAAGGAUCGUCAAGGAUUAUUUGAUACUGGAAUACAAAAUUGUACACAGAUUUGUGGGAUUUAUGUCACAACUGAUAAUCCAACAUUAAAAUCGACUGGAAUUAAUCAUGUUGAAGGUGGCUGGCCACGAGAUAUUAAUAGACUCGAUGAUGAGCAGACUUCAAGGUAUCGUAAGAAGCAGGAAAAGGAUGAACAAUAUGUCAUUCAAAUGAAAGGAUUAAUAAAAGCAUGUGAGCAUGCAAUAUACCAAAAUAACGCAGUGAAUCUUUACGAAACAUACUUUGAGGAUAUGGAACAGAUUGAUUUGAAAGAAGAAUACUCGUCAAAGACAUUAAAUAUGUUUCGUGAUAAAACUCCACGAAUGGUUAAGAAAGUUAUUUGGAAUCCAGAAGAUGGAACACAUUUCACAUCAGCACAUUGUGGAGAUCAGUCUUAUUAUCAUUAUCUUCUUGGUGAAGAGAAUACGCUUCAUAUAUGGGACAUUGAGUACCCAAAAGCACCAGUAAGGACACUCGAUGCUCACUCUCAGUCACAAUGUUUCGAGUAUAAUCCAAAAGAGAUAACAAGCCUUGUGACUGGAAUGAUCACUGGACAAAUUGCUUUAUUUGACAUUAGAUCCAGCAGUAAAUUCCCAUCAGUCAUAUCUCAUCGUGAAAAUUCCCACAAGGAUCAAGUCAAUGCUGUCACAUUUUAUUGCUCAAAAUCGAACAUGGAAUUCUUUUCAGGCGCUUCUUCGGGUGAAAUAUUCUGGUGGGAUUUAAGAUAUUUGGAUAAGCCAAUUGAUGUUUUAUUAUUGUGUCCUGAGGAACUGCAAGGUGUCGUUAAAACGGAAGAGAAAGCAUUUGGUGUGUCAGUUUUGGAAUAUGAAAGUACAAUUCCUAAUAAAUACAUGGUAGGCACGGAUCAUGGUGUUGUUUAUAUCUGUAAUAAACGCUUCAAAACACCAUCUGAUCGAAUAUACUCAAAAGUUCAAUGUUAUAAAGGUGCUAUUGCCGCUGCACAGCGUAAUCCGUCGUUCCUUAAAUUCUUUUUAAGUGUUGGUGACUGGCAAGCGAAAAUAUGGUGCGAAGAGUUGAAGGAUAAUCCAAUAUUCUGGACUAAGGAAUAUAAUUCUGAAUUAAGCUAUGGAUGCUGGAAUUCUGUAAGAUGUGCGAGCUUUUAUUUGUGUCGAGUUGAUGGAGUAUUCGAUGCUUGGGAUGUGACACAUCGAAGUGAUAGGCCUGUACUAUCGACUAAGAUAUCAGACUCAGCUUUAACUUAUUGUUCACCACAUAAGGAAGGCAAAUUGGUUGCUGUUGGAACUAAAAAUGGAAACAUCCAUUUAUUAGAAGUUUCAGAGAAUUUGGCAACAUUUACAGCAAAUGAUAGGCCUGCGAUGGCUGUGGUUUUGGAUCGGGAAACUCGUAGAGAAAAGCUUCUUGAAAAUAAGCAGCGCGAGUUGAAAUUAAAGGAGAAAGAGAUGGAAAGAGAACAGAUUCGAUUGAAAUUGGGUCUUCCAGAUCCAGAAGAAGUUGAAAUGAAUUUAGCAAAUGAUUUAGCUAGACAGGCACAAGUUACUUUCCAUUUACAAAUUGACCAAUUAAAGCAACAUACUUAA